AUGGUGCACAGCAACGCGCAGUUCGUGCUUGGCACUCCUGAGCUCCUCCUCUCGAUUGCGACCUUUCUUCCCGGCAAGGCCUUUCGCGACUGGGACAACGCUUUUGAGAUGCUGGCCGCGGGCCACGAGCACAUGCUGCUCGAGAAGCCCGAGGUCGUACCGUCCGUGGCCGACGUCGAGCGUGCGAUUGACGCCGACCGGCUCGACGUGCUGCAGAUCCUUGUCGAGCGCUACAACGUGCCCUGCCACACGACAAGCUUGGUCAAAGCGGCUGCAGCCGAAGGCAACGUCGCCAUGCUGCAGUACAUGCUCGGUCGUCGCACAGCUAUUUUGCACUAUGACGGCGUCUGCGACAGCAUUGUCUACGGUGCGGCGGCCGGCCACUUGGAGAUCGUCGAGGAGCUCGCGCCGCGCGUCUCACCGCGCACGCUACGCAAGGCGCUUGCGUACGCGGCUGACUUUGGCCAUGUCGAUGUGGUCGCCCACCUCGAGGCCUCGCUGCUCAACUGGCACGAGGCCAUUGCCGAAGCGACGUGUCCGACACGAGACCUCUACUCGGUGCACUCGGUCUACGUGCCCGCUCCUCACUCGGCAAAGCCCGGUCGUCCAUCCCGACUGCAGCGCAUGCACACCGGCUUGUGCCGUAUUCUGUGCCCAGCCCUUGCGUAG